AUAAACUGUUGGUCAUAUAAUAUCACAAAUAUGGCUCAUGUAAACUGGUUUGACCUUAUCAUGCUAUACAAAAAGGUUAUCAGAUCUGCAAUGCUGUAUACAUUAAAAACCUCAUUACAAGUAAUGUAAACUAGGUAAUUACAGAACAAUCAAGCUAAUUAUAUUCUGUUUACAAAAUAAAAUGAAACAAUACUGAACAAGCAUUAACAAGAUAAUUAUACUCACUUUAAACUUAACUACAAUGUAUGUUCUAAUUUAGAGGGAGUUACUUAUAACAGAUGUGAUGGUGUCAGGCCUAUUAUUUGAACUCGGUAAGACACUACACAUAUGGCAGAGAACACCCUGAUCAGCUUACAGCCACUUUAUUAUUGAUGAUCUGGUUGGACAAACCCAAGCAGCACCUCUGCUUCUCAUUUAGCCUCGAACAGGUGGGGAACACUGGACGCCUAGUCCCUGUGCCCAGUCUAAGUGAAGCGGACCGAUAUCAACCCCUAAGUCUGGUGACGAGGAAAAGGAGACGACAUUUCUGGAAGAAGACCAAAUAUGCCACAACCCCUUUCUCGCUGAAAGACAUACUUGUGGGAGAGAAAGAGAUCACAGCAGGGGUCUCCUCAUAUCAGCUCCUGAACUAUGAGGACAAGUCUGAUGUUGCCCUUAAUGGGCGUUUGGGCAACCAUCUGAUCCAUGAGGUGGGAGUAAAUGUGAGUGGUUCAGAUUCUGUGGCAGUAAAGGCCUCAUUUGGAAUUGUGACCAAGCAUGAGGUGGAGGUUCCAACAUUACUGAGAGAACUCAAUGCAAG